CCUUAACCUGUUGGAGUAAAAAGUCCCAGCUGACAACGAGCUCGACAACCCAGCAAAAAUGAAACUCUCUAUCCUCCUCCUCGUGGUGUCCCUCGGGCUCGUCCUCGGCCGCCCCAGCACCGUGCUUGACUUCGAGGGCGACGACCACGAGCACACGCAGGAGGGCGACCCAGGGAAGGGCGUGGAAGGAAUGUUCAGCUGGACGUCCCCCGAAGGAGAAGAUUUCAAGGUCGUCUACGUGGCUGACGAGGACGGCUACCGCGUCGUGGAAUCCAAUGCUGUUCCUGUCAAUGCUGACGGCGUCGCUGCUGACGGGAAUCAGGGGUCCUUCACCUCAGAAGAAGGAGAAGGAGGAGAUGAAGAAGAAGGAGAAGAGGAAGAACGAUGAUGGGGGAUGGGAUAGAGAGAGAUCAUUAGCAUUAGAAUACUUGUUGUCCGACUUCGAUGUUGAAUAAAGUUUAUACUGUU